UUCGAAGCCAAUAUAUGAUCUGGCCGGCAGGACGAACGGAGUGCGAAAACAUAUCUUUCGAGGUUGCAAGAAUCGUCUGAUCUGAUCAUCAUAAACACCACAGUAUUCGCCAUGGUUAAAAUCACUAAUUUUGCGGUCGAGUCCUGGAUGGACGCCUAUGAGCAUCACUGCAAAUACAACGUCGCAGAAACAUGCUGUGCCUCAGUCUCAAUAGAUCAACUGCGCGAACUUUCCGACGACAAGAAGACAGAGAUCUUGAAGACAGAUCGGUUGCUCACCUAUGGCGCUAUUCGAGGAGCUGAAGACUUGCGAACCAAUCUGGCUCGAUUAUACUCGGCCAAGGUCGCUACGCCUCUUAGCCCGAACAACAUACUCACCACUCCCGGUGCCAUCCAGGCGAACUAUCUCGCUGCGUACGCUCUUGUUGGCGAAGGUGAUCAUGUCAUCUGCCAAUACCCCACCUACCAGUCCUUGUACUCUGUACCGCAAUCACUGGGUGCAGAGGUUGACCUGUGGAAGGCUCAGCCCGAGAAGAACUGGAUACCCGACCUGCAAGAGCUGAAGGCAAUGAUCAAGCCUAACACAAAGCUCAUCGUCAUCAACAACCCCAACAAUCCCACUGGGGCAGUCCUGGGCAAGAGCUUUCUUGAACGACUUGUCGAAAUUGCGGAGGAGAAAGACAUCACGAUACUCGGUGAUGAAGUCUACCGACCAAUCUUCCAUUCAAUCAGCCCAAUCGACAAGGACUUCCCGCCGUCACUGCUGUCCAUGGGCUACAAAAAUGUUAUCGUCACGGGCUCCAUGUCCAAAGCCUACUCUUUGGCUGGUAUACGUGUAGGAUGGGUUGCAUCGCGAAACUCAGAUAUCAUCGAGAAGAUCGCUUCGGCACGCCACUACACAACGAUCUCGGUCUCUGGACUCGACGAGCAGGUUGCAGCAUAUGCCCUUAGCCCAGCAACCGUCCAUGGUCUGCUAGCUCGCAACAUUCAGCUGGCGAAAACGAAUCUUGCGCUUCUUGAGAAGUUCAUGAUCAAGAACGAAGACGAGUGCGAAUGGGUCAAGCCCGUGGCCGGGACAACAGCAUUUAUCAAGUUCCACAGAGAAGGCAAGCCGGUAGACUCGGUCGACUUCUGCAAGAAGCUGCUCGAGAAGACUGGUGUGCUCUUAGUACCUGGGUCACAGAGCUUUGGUGAGGAGUUCAAGGGCUACGUGAGGGUUGGGUUCGUAAACCAGACAGACAUCAUUCAGAAGGGUCUUGAGGAGGCGUCGAAGUUUGUCAGGAAGAACUUAGAUGAUGUAAACCUUGCGGAUUAGAACCUACAAGUACCGGAGAAGGACUAUUAUCCAGA